GCGGGGCCGCGGGGGCGCAUGCGCGGGGCGGCGGCGGGGCGGAAGCGGGCGCGGGCGCGCGCGGCCCCUUUCCGGCGGCGCGGGCGGAGGGAGCGGCGCGCGGGGCCCUCAGGUACGGCCGGGACGCUCCCGGGCCAUCCCCGCCACUCCCGGCACUUCCCGGCGCUCCCCGGCCCUCAGGAUCCUCCCGCCGCCACCGCGCCGGCACCCAUGAGCUGAGGAGCCGCGGCGGGAGCCGAGGCAGGAGCGGGCGGAGCCGCCGCCGCGGGCCCGGCGGAGCAGCGGAGCCGCCUCCCCGCCGCCCCAUGCGCGGCCCGCGCUGAGCCCCGCCCGCCCUUCCCCGCCGGGCCGGCGCUCGCCCUCUCGCCCUCCCUUGGAUGCCGCCGAGAUGGGCAAGGUGCUGUCCAAGAUCUUCGGGAACAAGGAGAUGCGGAUCCUGAUGCUGGGGCUGGACGCGGCCGGCAAGACAACGAUCCUGUACAAGCUGAAGCUGGGCCAGUCGGUGACCACGAUCCCCACCGUGGGCUUCAACGUGGAGACCGUCACCUACAAGAACGUCAAGUUCAACGUGUGGGACGUGGGCGGCCAGGACAAGAUCCGGCCCCUGUGGCGGCACUACUACACGGGCACGCAGGGGCUCAUCUUCGUGGUGGACUGCGCCGACCGCGACCGCAUCGACGAGGCGCGGCAGGAGCUGCACCGCAUCAUCAACGACCGGGAGAUGCGGGACGCCAUCAUCCUCAUCUUCGCCAACAAGCAGGACCUGCCCGACGCCAUGAAACCCCACGAGAUCCAGGAGAAACUGGGCCUGACCCGAAUCAGGGAUAGGAAUUGGUAUGUGCAGCCCUCCUGUGCCACGACGGGGGAUGGACUCUACGAAGGGCUGACGUGGUUAACGUCCAAUUAUAAAUCCUAAUGGGAGAGGAACUAUUUAGUCUACAAAGAAUUAAAGAAACAAAACAAAAAAAAAUUUAAACAAACAAACAAAAAAAGAAACAAAAAAAAAAUAAAUAACCCACGUGGCUUUCCAGAAGAAUGAUUCUCUACUGAAAAGUAAAAACAAAACCGCAUCCAUAGGAUUAUGAUCACCUUUCUCCAGUUGCCACCCUUUCCUCCUGCACCCUUGGCUGGAUUCCUGUUCUAACUCCUCCUGCUUGGCGUUAGGAUGCUCUAACCUCCGAAUGUGACACGAACACAGGCACUAGAUGCUAUGGCAGACUUCCAGCAAACAGGGGAAGGACACAUUAUAGACUUGCUAAGUAACUUUUUUGUUUUGUUUUGUUUUCUUGGUUUUGUUUUUUUUUUUUUUUUUCUUUUUCCUCUCGAUAGCCCUUUGCUGGUUUGAUUAUUUUGGGGGAUGUUGGGGGAGGGGGUCCAUUUUCAGUGUAUGCUUUCUGGGUCUACUUUUUUGAUUAUAUAUAUAUUUUUUUUUUCUCUCUCUCUUCUCUCACUUUGCUGUAGAUUGCUACUUUUUUGCAUUCCUGCAGGAUAUGUUGCUAGGUCGACUUCAUCUAGUAAACUGAAAAUUGUUGCUUAAAAUCAAACCGCAGUCUGUCUUUUUAUAUUGAGGACUUUUUUUUUUUAAAAAAAAAAAAGAAAAAAAAGUUCUGUUAAUCUGUAACUAAACAGUGACUCAGUCUGGCUCCACGGCUCAGGCUAAUGAGGGGAAUUCUUGCCUGCAGUGGCAGAGAGUGGGAAUUCCACUGUAACGCGUUCAAAGUGCGUGUCGGGCGCCGGGAAAUGUAAGAACUGCUUUGGAAUGUCAGCUGGGAAGUUCUGACCCAUACAUCAUGCAUGAGGAGGGAUGCAAAACCAGCUCCCCACACCACAUAGCAAACAAGGCAUGAACGAUGCUGUAGUUCCAGGGUAGGCACUGGGCAGGUUUUUUUUUUGUCAUAAAUGAGGUUUAGUUGCAGUUUUUUAUUACUUGGUGUCGGUCUCCGGGCCGAGGCUCUUUCCAGCAGAUGCAGCAAUAAAAUGUUGCAAUGAGUUUGACUUUCAAUCAGAUGUUUUGGCAAAAGUCCAGCUCUGACUUGCCUCUCGCUUCCAUCUCGAGGCAGCUGGAGACACCUAAACCUUGAAAGGAUUCCUGAUUCUUUCCAACAGAAAGAAGGAAAUUGUUGUUAUUAUUAUUAUUGUUCUUUUUCCAUGCUGGAGCCUUGCGAAGGGCGAGUUCCGUGCCGAGCUCUGCUCGAGCCCGGGGGUUCUGACAUCAGGAAUGGCCAUUUUGAGGAAAUCGCUUCUUGCUUUGGUUUUCCAAGGCUGGACUGAGCUCCUGGAGCAGCAGCUGGAGCCUCCCCGUGUCCCGGUUGUUGCUGUAGUCCUGUAGGAAAGAGAACUGUGCUGGAUGUCUGAGGCCCAUUGAGUAACUCCUAAUGAGAGCGGGGAGGGGAGAGAGAGAGAAUCGACGCUGAAUGUAAACUUCCAUAAUUAGUUCUUAAAGGGCAAAGCAGCUCGUUAGCCAUGUCACAGCCUGUAGCUGGGACUGGCCAAUCAAAAACCCCACCCAGAGCGAGUAUUUGCAUAAAAUCUCAAUCAAGUAUUAAUUAACGCUGGGUGCACAAACUGUUAAAGCAGCUGGUUCUUAUUCAGCCUUAAGGAUUAACUUCAGAUUUCCUCAAGGAGUUAAAACUCUGUUGGGGAAUUCUAGGAAUGUAUGCUACAAAACCAGAAGAAAAUGGCUUUUAUUUUCCUUUUUUUUUUUUUCCUUCCUUAAUUGUUUUCUCUUUUCAAGAAUAUAAUUUUUACGUGGAAUUGGGGGCAUUACACUACAUUGCUGCAGUGGUGACUCUGCAUGCUGAGUACCUUGUACAUGGAGCUCUUACCAAAGAUGUAUGGGAAGAUAAAAAUCCUGAAUUCACUUCUGAAAUCCAAUGCUUUGGAGCACUUCAAAGUCCUUUUAGAGUGUGGUUCAAAAUAAAAAAAAAAGACUUUUCUGGAUGUGGGUUGAAAAUGGGACUGGAUGGGUUCUUGGUGCUAGAAGAUAGAGCAUUGAUGGAUUUUGUGAAUUAGAGUCUGCAGAAGCUUAAUGUAGAAAUAACUUUUCCAUCUUGGCCCUAAAGAAGAGGAAGUGAGAUUAGUUUAUUUUAAUCCAAGGCUUUUUGCCAUUGGAAUAUCAUUGCUCUAUUUUCUAGCUUUUAUUUUUCUUUUCCUGUUGCUGUAACUUAAUGAACAGUGUGGUGGUAUAAAAAUUUCAAAUUACAACAAUAUGGUUACUGUUUUCUUCUGGAGCAUCAAUAAAAUAGCCAAGC